GCGUCAUUUGGGGGCAGCGGAGCGGGAGCGUUUGAACGGUGGUGAUGGACGGGAGCGGGGGGCUUCCGCUUCCGGGUGGGAGGUGAGGGGUGCAGGGUCACCAUGGCGAGUAAUGCCGCUAGCCUCAACGCUGUGCGGGAAACGAUGGACGUUCUGUUUGAGAUUUCAAGAAUAUUAAACACUGGCUUGGAUAUGGAGACCUUGUCUAUUUGUGUGCGGCUUUGUGAGCAGGGAAUAAAUCCAGAAGCAUUAUCAUCUGUUAUUAAAGAACUGCGUAAGGCUACAGAAGCUUUGAAGGCUGCUGAAAAUAUGACAGGCUGACAUGGGAGAAGAUUUCUGUGUGAGAAAAUGCCAAGUUAAUUUUAACAAGCCUUGAAGAUUGCUACUACUCAGAAAAAAGUUAAAUAAGUGUGCGUGCAACGAUGUAAGAAUAUCUAUGUAAUCUUCUUGGAAAGGAUGUAUAGACUAGUUUCUAUAAAAUUAUUGGUGAACUUUAUUACAUGGUAUUUUUGUGAACUAUUUGUGAAUAUAGUGCAAUUGCUCAUCUUUGGUAUCCAGUAUUUUUUAAACUGUCAGCUACUGUACACUUGCUGAACUUACUAGUUUGCAGCAAUUAAUAUUGUUAUAAUAGUAUAGCUUGUUAUUGCAUCCUUUAGAAGUGUUAAUAUAUCCUUGUUUUUAUCUCUUCGAAAACUAAAUGUACAAUUUUAGUUUUGCUUUAUGGACCAGAUAGGAAUGAAGGCUAUUUGAACUUUCUUUUAGAGUAAGGGUACUGACUUAAGUCUCACUCUAAAAGUAAGAAAUAAAGCACUUUUGAUAAUGUGGGUAGUGAAUUGCCCUUUUGAUUGCAAUUGCUGGAAAAAAGUGUUUCUUUAACUUGGAUAACAAAGGAAUUUCACUUAUCCAUGCAGAAAUGUAUGUGAAUUUAAAUUAUGGAUUAUAUGGAAUAUUUUAUGGAGUUCAGAUGCUACAUUUGUUCUGACUACUAGACCUAAAAAUACUAAGGCUAUAUUGUUACUACCUAGUCAAAGCAUAUAUGAGAAGCAUCAGUUUUGGUUUAUAGGAAUCAAUGAGUCUUAAACAGUGAUUUGGUAUAGGAAUGCCUUCUUGUUCAGCACUAGGAAUCUUCACUGAUGCCAAAACAAGUGUUUAUAGUAUAUACAGUAAACUGUUUAUCAUGUUACUUUCCAGUAAAUGUCCUUGCAUCCA